AUUAAUAUCUUUAUCCACUUUCUCCUCAUAUUUCUUAAAUACUGUGAAAAAAAUACAAACAAGAACAUUAUUAUGAGAUGCGGAGUACUUAAAAUAGUGGCAGUUAUUGUAAUUUAAUCCGAAAACUAAGCCUCAUUUCAAAAAUUCAAACACUAUAAACUCCGACAACAUUUCCUGCAAUUCCUUCCUUUCCUCCUCCUUUCUUCCCCCAUGACAACACUCGCUAAAUUCCCCACUUUCUCUCUCCUCUAAAACAACAAAUUUCAGUUACUCCCCAGAAAAAAAAAAACCUUCAAAAACUCCAUUUUAAUGGCGUCAAAACUCAAGAUCUGCUUCUUCCUCUUCCCCCUCUUUCUUCUUCAAUGCUACCCUUUAAUGGCGAAUUCAAGUUUGUUCCGGAAAACUUACAUUGUUCACAUGAAUUAUCACCAGAAACCUGAAUCCUUUAACACCCACCAUGAAUGGUACUCCUUUAACCUCAAUUCUCUCUCCUCUGAAACUCUCUCUUCUUCUGAAUCUUCGUCAUCUUCUUCUUCUUCUUCGCCUUCUCUUCUGUACUCUUACUCAGAAGCUUACUCUGGUUACGCUGCAACGCUCACGGCUUCGGAAGCCGAAGCGCUGCGGAAAAACGACGCCGUUUUCGGAGUGUACGAGGAUACUGUUUACACUCUGCAUACUACUAGAACACCGGAGUUUCUCGGGCUUGAUGUCGCCGGAGAAGGGCUUACCGCCGGCGACCACCUCGAUGCUUCCGAUGUAAUUGUCGGAGUUCUCGACACUGGGAUCUGGCCUGAAUCGAAGUCGUUCGACGACACGGGCAUGCCCCCCGUGCCGAAACGAUGGAAGGGUGUGUGCGAGUCAGGCCCCGAGUUCCCUCGUUCUGCGUGUAACAACAAACUCAUCGGCGCACGGAGCUUCUCGCACGGGUAUAAGAUGGCGUCGGGAGGGGUGAUGAACUCGGACGACGUUGUUUCUCCUCGUGAUACCGACGGGCAUGGUACACAUACUGCGAGUACUGUUGCUGGAGGACAUGUAGCGAAUGCUAGUUUGUUGGGGUAUGCUAGUGGGACUGCACGGGGGAUGGCACCCCGUGCAAGAGUAGCGGCGUAUAAAGUUUGCUUCAAAACAGGGUGUUUUGGGUCUGAUAUUCUUGGUGGAAUUGAUAAGGCGAUCUCUGAUGGUGUUGACGUGUUGUCACUAUCGUUAGGAGGUGGAUCAGCGCCGUAUUUUCGCGAUACCAUCGCAAUCGGCGCAUUUUCGGCGAUUGAGAAGGGGAUUUUCGUGUCUUGUUCCGCCGGAAAUAGCGGGCCAACACGGGCAUCGCUUGCGAACACGGCGCCGUGGAUUAUGACUGUUGGUGCGGGUACUUUAGAUCGGAAUUUCCCUGCUUUUGCUGUUUUAGGCAAUGGUAAGAAAUUUACAGGGGUUUCUUUGUAUAGUGGGAAAGGAAUGGGGAGAACUACCCGUAGUUUGUAUUAUGGUGGUAAUGGUAGAAGAAAUGGGUCGAGUAAUUUGUGUAUGCCCGGGUCAUUAGACUCGAGUUUGGUGAAAGGGAAGGUGGUGCUCUGUGAUCGUGGGGUGAAUGCGAGGGUGGAGAAGGGUGAAGUGGUGAAGGAGGCUGGUGGGGUUGGGAUGAUAUUGGCGAAUACGGCGGCGAGUGGGGAGGAAUUGGUGGCGGAUAGUCAUUUGUUGCCGGCGGUGGCGGUGGGGAUGAAGAUGGGUGAUGAGAUCAGGGAGUAUGUGAGGAGUGCAGGGAAUAAGGCCACGGCCGUGUUGAGUUUCGGAGGGACCGUGUUGAAUGUGAGGCCGUCGCCUGUGGUGGCGGCAUUUAGCUCUCGUGGGCCGAAUAUGGUUACGCCGCAGAUCAUGAAGCCGGAUGUGAUCGGACCCGGGGUUAAUAUCUUGGCUGCUUGGUCUGAGAUUGCUGGACCUACUGGGUUGGAGAAAGACACUAGGAAGACUCAGUUCAAUAUCAUGUCAGGAACAUCAAUGUCAUGUCCACACAUUAGUGGAUUAGCAGCAUUGCUUAAAGCAGCGCAUCCUGAAUGGAGUCCAAGUGCAAUAAAAUCAGCUCUCAUGACUACUGCUUACAACCACGACAACAUGCUAAAGCCACUUCGUGAUGCCACUGAUGGAUCUCUCUCAAACCCGUGGGCUCACGGAGCAGGUCAUGUGGACCCCCACAAGGCAUUGAAUCCAGGCCUAGUGUAUGAUAUCUCAAUUGAUGACUAUGUUACCUUUCUUUGCGCCUUGGACUACACCCCGUUGCAUCGCCAAAUCAUUGCCAAGAGGCCAAACAUUACUUGUUCAAGGAAAUUGGCGGAUCCUGGUGAUUUAAAUUACCCGUCAUUCUCUGUCUUAUUUGGUAAGUCAAGGACUAUCCGUUAUACUCGUGAACUUACCAAUGUGGGUGCUGCCAGAACUCUCUACCAAGUUCAUGUUGAUGCACCCCCAACGGUAGGAGUGAAGGUGAGGCCUUCAAGGCUCCUUUUCAGGAGUGUUGGUGAGAAGAAGAAAUACACAGUAAUUUUUAUUGCAAGGAAGGGUAAAACAGCUCCGACUACAAAAAGUGCUUUUGGGUCUCUUUUAUGGACCAGUAAGACGUACCAAGUCAGAAGUCCAGUGUCUUUUACAUGGUCUCCAGCAAUGUAAGUUCUAUUUAUCAUCCAGCUGGGUGGUUGCAUUUUCUGCAGCAUCACCUGAUUUCGAGAUGCUUGUUAGCAGCUGUAAAUGCAGUUUGGAGAGAGAAGCAUGAUGCUCAAAUCUCUAGAUCAUUGCAGUUGACAUCAAAUUCGCAUGCUUUACACUGGGGUGGGAGCAACAAGAGGUCAAGUGUGCUAAACUGUAAGGGAUUGUAGUUGAGAUUAGAACUAUUAGUCUAGCUUUUCAAUCAAGAGGUAGAAAAAGUAUGUUGCCCAUUCGAUUUGAUGUAAUUGGGUCGGAAAUAUGGAAGGAAACUUUUAUCCUCAAUGGUGUGUUGUUAGAUGGUUUAACUACAGAAUGAAAUUUUAGCUAUGA